CUCGGCCGUACCAGGGCAUUUGGGCGCGUAAGGAUCAAUAGAUUAAGCGCAUCUAAAAAACAUGUUUGCAUACUUGUACAAGUUCGGAUCACAGUUGAUAAACGAACUAAGACGUCGUCUCUGAGGUCUUAGAAUGUUGAAAUACUAUAACUGUAACGUUUGUUGAAGAUCAUACGUCCAACUGAUUAGUAGUAUUGAUUUUGCAAUACCAAUUAUUCAACAUAUUAUGCUACUAGUCAUUAUGUUGAAGAGUCAAGGUCUUUUCGUUUGGUUAUCCACGUUUAGUUGGCCCCCUAAGAAAACCACCUGCUUCGGUUUGGGCACCCGGGCGGUAUCUCAGCCCACACACUAAAAUCAUGAUGAACUAUUUGCUUAUGGAAAAUAUUCCUUUCUCUCUGAUUAACAUUGAAAGGACUCGUACUAUUAUUAUUUUACCACGUCAUUUAUUCACCCUCUCUUAUUCCUACUUUAUGUAUCCGUUUCGACCUAGACAGCAGCUCACCUAUGGUGAAAAUUCAGCUUUAUCUAAACGUUCUCGAGUCACUGCCUGGUUGAAAAUUGUAUGUUACCACCGAAUACGAGUACUGAAGCAAUUUUUCUGAAACCACGUACACCAUUCAAACUGGCUGCCUUUAACGUUCGCACACUUAUGCAGGUCGGACAACAGAUAGGGCUGUCUUUGGAAAGUCUUAAUAUUGAUGUGUGUUGUCUAUCCGAGACCCGUAUUCAAGACUCUGGUGAAGUACUACAAGUUCGCUCUCCAUCUGUCGCUUCAAAAAGCUUGUUUUAUGUGCGUUUAUCCGUGGACCCUGUGGCAUCUUCGUCUGGUCUUGCUGGCGUCGGUGUCGCACUAAGCGCUAGAGCCCAGGCAGCACUAAUCGACUGGAUCCCCAUUAACAGUCGGUUAUGUGCUGUUAGAUUAGAAAGUCCCAUCAAAGUGAGAAGAAAUCGGCGUGAGAAACGAUGUCUUUUCGUCGUCUCCGCCUAUGCCCCGGCAGAUUGCAGCCCGGAUGCAAUCAACGAUGAGUUCUGCCACCAGUUAACUGUUCUUCUCCAGAAAGUGCGCUCGACAGAUAUUGUAGUACUGGCCGGAGACUUGAAUGCUCAGGUCGGGCGUCUAGGCACAGAAGAGAGUCGUUUAGGUGGCCGAUGGGGUCUCGUUGGUCGCAGGACAGAUAACGGGGAACGUCUACUGCAACUAUGCACAGAUCACAACCACUAACCUUCGGCACAGUCAUCACCGAUGUGCCACCUGGCGUCCCCCUUCUCCAUCUCAAGCCUGGACUCAGAUCGAUCACAUCGCGAUCAGAUACCGCUGGCGUGGUUGUGUACAAGACUGCCGCUCCUUUUGGAGUACCUAUCUGGAAUCUGACCAUGCUCUGGUCUGCGCCAAUCUUACCUUACUUUUCAGUG